AUAAGGCUAAGCGUAUGGUCACGUGGACAUCCAGCUUUCCACUUCUGGUUAGGCCAUCGUUUCCCUUGCAUUUUUGGUUUUCGGCCUUGGAUACAGGGCAUCAACACCGUUAAGCCUCCGUGUGAAUCCACUCGAUUGGCUGCACUUUUGAUCAGUAAAUCCACCUCAGUGGAGUCCGGGGGUGGCCGUACGGAGGCACACGACCAUGACAUUUAAUCAUUCAAGAUAUCUCUGCGGGAAAGAUUUCUCUAAAUGUGAUGACAUUCAGGAAAUCAGGUGGCCUAUCUAUCUGACCACACAUCCCAAUCUCAUCUGCUAUCCCCAGGUUUCUUUGAGCACGAGCUCCGCUUGCGAAGUAAAUAUCCCGAGGUCCUGCCCCUCCUCCUUCUCAUCCGAUUUAACACCUUAUCUAGCUUUCCUGGUUUUUUCGUAGCCGAGCUGGUACCACUCAUAGCGGCUCUCUCAGGUUUCUUUUGCGAAAGGUAUUGCAAUAGCAAAGCACUGACAUUUAUUGGCAAAGCCCUGCCCUUCAAGCAACUUCAUAGAGUAUCGUCCGAAUUUCCUCAAUAGAAGUCGCCAUGUCCAAGGCACUCACAGUCCGACCUCCAUCGCCUUACCAACCUCCAUGGGCUGAUGUCUGUAUCAUCGGUAUUGCAGGGAGCUCUGGCUCUGGCAAGUCAACUCUUUCUCACGCUAUUGUUUCACAAUUGAAUCUUCCUUGGGUCGUAAUUCUGUCUAUGGUAAUCUCGCUUCUAUCAAAAGGCGUCUUUUAAAUAUGGUCACUAAAUUGUGAAUAGGACUCAUUCUACAAGACUCUUGAUGAAGAAUCUUCAAGAAAGGCAUUCCGAAAUGAAUAUGACUUUGACUCGCCAAGUGCAAUAGAUUUCGAUGUCCUGGUUCAGAGAUUACGAGACUUGAAAGCAGGGUGCGUUUCAAGCCUACGAUUAUAUCUCUUUCCUUGUUAACAUUUCGUAGGAGGCGUGCCGAAAUUCCCAUUUAUUCUUUUGCAAAACACGCUAGAGAAAAGGAAACCACCUCGAUUUAUUCGCCGCACGUGCUCAUUUUAGAGGGCAUUUUUGCCUUGUACGACCAAAGAGUUCUGGAGCUUCUGGAUAUGAAGGUAGAAUAUCCUUGCGUAUUUUGCUGUUCAACUCAUUCUGACCAUCACGCUAGAUAUUCUGCGAGGCAGAUGCAGAUACCUGUUUGUCAAGAAGAAGUAUGGUCUAUUGAUUCCACACAAUUGGAAAUCUGUUAACAAUCUAAAGUCCUGCGAGAUGUCGCAGAGCGAGGAAGAGAUAUUGAAGGAUGUAUUAAACAAUGGUUUGCGUUCGUCAAACCUAAUUUUGAACAAUACGUUGAGCCUCAAAGAAAGGUCGCAGGUGUGUAAACCCGUUUUCUUCUUUGAGAGCAUACCUAAUGACUCUAGAUAUUAUCGUACCUAGAGGUGUUGAAAAUCGAGUUGCGAUAAGUAAGUGCCAAUUCAUCUGCCGGUCAAACCCCAACUUAACAUUUUUGAAGCAAUGGUAAUUCAGUACAUCGAGCGUAAACUCAUUCAGAAGUCGCAAAGUCAUCGCGCAGCUCUCAAGAAAUUAGGGCAAAGCUCAGAAGACGAUCCCCUCUCUAAUAAAGUUGAGCUCUUGAAAGACACACCACAAACCCGUGGAAUGAACACAAUCAUUCAAAAUGUCAGUACCUCGGCUGAAGAUUUUAUCUUUUACUUCGAUCGUGUCGCCACAUUACUUGUCGAACAGUAAGCUUUUCCAUAAUCACUGAUAGCAUGUCUCAUUUUAACCUUUUUCAGUGCUAUGAACAACGUCUACUUCAAAGAAAAGAUUAUCGAGACCCCAAUUGGAAAUCACUACAAAGGCCUAGCACCCCUCGGAGAAACAAGCGCUGUUAUUAUCCUCCGCGCCGGCGCCGCCUUCGAAACCGGUCUCAAGCGCGUCCUACCCGAUUGCCGGACCGGGCGGGUGCUAAUCCAAUCCAACGUUCGAACCGGCGAGCCCGAAUUGCACUACCUCAAACUCCCUGAAAAUAUCGAUACUCAUGAUGGUGUGCUUCUCCUUGAUCCUCAGAUGAGAAGUGGUGGUGCUGCGGUCAUGGCCGUUCAGAUUCUUCUGGACCACGGUGUUCCUGAGGAGAAAAUCGUGUUUGUUACGUAUUUUGCGGGGAGACUUGGGUUGAAUAGGCUGACUAAGGUUUUCCCGGGGGUGAAAGUCGUGGUUUGUUCUAUUGUUGCGGAUUUUGAGGAGAGAUGGAUUGAGAAGCGAUAUUUUGGUUGUUAAUAUGAGAAAGGGGAAGAAAAUGAACCAGCGCCCAAAUCUUGCUAUCUUGGACACUCAGUAAGUAUCGACCAGAACCUUUCAAUCUCACCCUGGAUGGAGUCUGUGGUCGAGGGCCCAGUCAAAAGAUACAUUUGCGUCAUCAGAUUAGCCCCAAUCUAGCUCCGCCCCCAGACGCGCUUAGCAAGAUCGGUGGUAACUAUUUCCCAGCUAAAUACCUCGAAAUCCAACAGUCUCUCAACUACUCACUAGUACCAAU